AUGGCGGUCAAGUUUCCUGGGUUGUCCACCUCAGUCAUCUCUGUGCUAAAAGAUUUUUUGGUCAGCCCCCCACCUGCCCUCAGUAUGCUGAACAAACUGGCAAACACUGAUGACAGUGAGAGACAAGCCAGGACACUGUCAGAUGUUGAUGGUAUUGAACAAAUUGAAAACAAAAACAUUUUUCUCACGUCACUGGAGAAUCUUAGAGACACAGCCAUCAAAAGUGUUUGCAGGGCAUUGAAGGCUGGUAGUGUGGUAAACAGAGACUGUCUGACAGCCUUUGUGGCUUCUAUAUCAAACUGUUUGUACCGACUGGGGACCUUUGAGAAAGAGUCCAACACCAAAACUUCAUCAGCCAGAUGGCAGCAGUUGAAAAUUGUUGUUAAAUUUGUCAACCCAUCUGGCAAUAUGGAACCUGUUGAUGUCAAAAGUUUGUACACACAGGAAAAAGAUUAUGAUUCAGUUCUUUAUCCACUUCAGCAUAACAUAGAAUCCAACCUGAUCUCCACUAACACCAUACUGACCUUAGGUCAUCUGGCCAUAGAGUUCAAGGAACAGCCCCAGGAUGUGAAGACCAUCCUGCAGGUUUUUCAAGAGAGGCUUUGUUCCCCUCCAUCUCCACUGGACACCCUGAUAGUUGACCAGUUGGGCUGUAUGGUCAUUGCUGGUUGUUCAAGCAUCAGCAAUGAUAUUUUGAAAUUGUUUACACAAAUCAGCACUGAGAGUAACUCCCCUUAUGACCAAAAUGAAAAUAAAAAAUUGACAGGAUACAGGCAAAUCUCACAAGCAGUGAAUAACGCCUUGGCCAAUAUUGCUGGCAGCAUACAGGGUGAGGCUGAACAGAUGGAGCUACUGUGUCGUCUGCUAGAGCUGUUUGUCCAGCUGGGGUUAGAGGCUAAAAGGAUCAAUGAGCAGUCAUCCAACAGAUAUAAGGUUUCUUCAAGUGCUGGAAAUCUGGGGCUGUUGAUUCCCAUCAUAGCUGUACUACUUAAACGGAUCCCACCAUUAAUGGAAGCCAACCGGCGCUUGUACAAGCUAUUUUUAGAUUUCUGGCAGUAUUCUGUUGUGAUGGGCUUUACUAAUCAUUCAAAAGGUUUGUGGCCGUCAGAAUGGUAUGAUGGUGUGUGCCUUAUCGCCACCAAGUCUCCUCUACUGAUCUCUAAAGACCAAUACAUUAGUAAAGAAUUGAUCUACAACUCAGCCCUAACAGACGAUUCAGUCAGCACGAAAGAAUUGAAUGACCUACGAGCAAAUAUCUCCAGUCUCCUCGACAGCAUAGAGGUGGCGCCACUAGUCAACAAGCUAACAUUUGCCCAGUGUACUUAUCUACUUUCUAUUUAUAAGCUGGAAACCUUAAGAGUUUUGCACUCAGAAGACCUGCUGGCAAUUUGUAGAGUGUUUGAUUACCUGGAGGAUCGUGUUUUGUACCUGGAUAAAUCAGGCAUGUGGAGGUGUGUGGCCCGUGUGGCUGAUAAAGUUUUUGAUAAAUAUCUGGAAAUGCUGGGGGAAAAGCCUAAUCUUGAGGAUAAAGAAAUUCAAAUUGAAAACUUUGCUAAAUUUCUAUUGGUCAAAUUUAACAACAAAGAAAACAUCAAGCCGAUUGCUGAUCAGUAUUUGUCAAAACUAGUUGACAGGUUCCCACAGGUCUUGUGGAGCAGUCAGGUGUUGAAGACCAUGCUGGACAUCCUGCAGGUCAUCUGCUCAACCUUAGAUAUGGAUCUGAACUCGGUAGUUUCAGAAAUUGAUGUCCCAGAAAGUUUCCAUAAAAUUUGUGUGAAAGAAAAUGUCGAAUCCAGACAGCAAAUGCUGGAAGACUAUACGACAAGAUGCUCUGCCAUCCUACAAGAAUCUUUGACCUGGGCCUACAACAUUGUCGUCUCACAUCUGUCUGUUCUUCCCCUGGACAUGGAGGUCAAAGGUCAAAUACUUCACAGUGGUGUGGCCAUGGCAGUUCAAAACUUGCUUCACUUUUCCAUCAACAAAAAUGGUAUUGCCCAAAAGGCAACUUUAACCAAUGAAACACCAAAGAUAGUCCAGUCAGAAGUGGCCAGAUUUAUUGCCAGUCUCACUGCCAGAUCUGUUUAUGUGGGAGAGCUUUUAACUUGGAUAUCAUUAGCCUGGCAAGCCUGCGCUCAUUUAAAACUUGGGAUCUUCACACCUGACUCCCCUCAACCUGACCCUUUGGCCAAACCAGAGACUGGCAGACACGCCCCUCAACCUGACCCUUUAGCCAAACCUGAGACUGACAGACACGCCCCUCAACCUGACCCAUUGGCCAAACCAGAGACUGACAGACACGCCCCUAGUACACCUGUUGUUGGGCCCCACAGGAUCUGGACCAAGUUCAUGCAUGAAUGGGUAAAGAGAAUGGAAUUCUCAAAGUAUGGAGAUACAGCACAGGUUCAGAUAUUUCUGAGUCUGCUCAACACAUCUUUGUCAGCAGCCAUUGCCUUUGGGCCAAGGGUUAGACUACUCAGCAUGGGCCUGUGUUUGCUCCAUGGGAACUUCAUCACCAACCCUCUUGUGGAGACUGUACUCAGGGAGAGGGUGUAUGCUGCCUCUGUUGAUUUUUUCUGUGGGCCAGCGAUGUACCCCUCGCAACAAGGGAGUGAACUUAGAGAAGAUAUUGAAGUUCUUUUGACUUUCUGGCUUAAACUGCAUUCUGAAAAAAAAUAUUUGAAUGCCUCUCCAUUUGCUGAUGUUUUAGCUCAUCCGACAUCCACAUCACAGGCAUCCAUAAGCCGGGCAGAUCUGAGGCGGAAUUCAAGAUGGAUGAACACACUUAGCCGGCCAUCUUCUGCUGCCUCUAGGGCUUCAGCAGAUUCCAAAAGAUUUCCUAAAGAAAAUAACAUCUCAAAAUACUAUAUAAAGAGGAGACAUAUCAUUUUGUGUCUGAUGGCUGGAGCUAUAGACACUUUGACCACAGUCUACAACCCCUUAGACCUGCCGGGGAAGAAAUUUCCAGAAGAAACCAGUGUGUUGAGGUGGUGGCAGGAGAAUCUCAUUGAGAAGAAAUGGAAAGAUAUGACCCGUGUGUGUUGGGAGUUGUCUCCCAUCUUAGCAGUCUACCUCCCUUUCAGGUUCAGGAGCUGGGAGACAUUGAGGAAAGAGACCAGAGACCUGGUGUGUGCUCACCCUGAGAUGGUGUCGCACGUCCCUGAGGCGCUCACCUUCCUGGUGACAGCUGAUAACAUCGAGGACAAUGUACAGGAGUUGACCCACAUGAUGACCUGGGCCAAAGUCUCGCCACUUCUCGCCCUCUCCUACUUCUCCAGACAGUACCCACCCCACCCUCUCACAGCACAGUACGCCAUCAGAGUUCUGGCACAACAGCCAAAUAAUGUCCUGUUGUUCUACAUUCCACAAAUAGUUCAAGCUUUGAGAUACGACCCAAUGGGCUAUGUCAGUGAGUUUAUACUGUGGGCCUCUAGAGAGAAAUCUCAGCUCCUGGCUCACCAGUUCAUCUGGAACAUGCAGUCAAACAAGUACAGGAGGGUGGAGGAGGAUGUGGAGGAUGAGCUGAUAGGUGGGAAACUGAAUGAGAUGAUAGAGAAAAUUAAACUUCAGCUGUCUGGGAGUGCUAGAGAGUUCUUUGAGAGAGAGUAUGACUUCUUUACACAGAUAACACAGGUCUCUGAGAAGAUCAGAACUUUCCCCAAAGGACCAGAAAGGAAAGCUGCUUGUUUACAGGCGUUGUCAGAAGUUCAGCUUCAAUAUGGUUGUUAUCUCCCCUCCAACCCAGAGGCUGUGGUCCUGGAAAUAGACUACAGCUCAGGGACUCCUAUGCAGAGUGCGGCCAAAGCUCCAUACCUGGCCAGGUUCAAGGUUCAGCGUUUGGGGAUAGAUGAGAUUGAAAGGUUGGGGGCUGCAGGUGCUAGCCAAUCACAUGUAGCAGGUAGCCACAAGCAAGGCGAUGGGGCAGGUAGCCAGAGCUGCUACUGGCAGGCUUGUAUCUUUAAAGUGGGAGAUGAUGUGAGACAGGAUAUUCUAGCCCUGCAGGUCAUUGAACUCUUCCGUAAUAUUUUUGACAAGGCUGGUCUGCCCUUGUUUCUGUCUCCAUAUAGGGUCAUCGCCACAGAUCGAGGGUGUGGGGUCAUUGAGUGCGUCCCUGACAGCAAGUCCAGAGAUCAGCUGGGGAGAGAGACUGACGUCACACUGUAUGAGUAUCUGCUGACCACCUUUGGGGAUGAGCAGUCGCAUUCAUUUCAACAGGCCCGUCAGAACUUUGUGGUGUCCAUGGCAGCCUACAGCAUCGUCAGCUUUCUGCUGCAGAUCAAGGACAGACACAACGGGAAUCUGAUGAUUGACUCAGCUGGUCACAUUAUACACAUUGACUUUGGUUUCAUGUUUGAAAGUUCACCUGGAGGAAACAUGGGAUUUGAACCUGACAUCAAACUGACAGAGGAGAUGUUUAAGGUGAUGGGCGGGGCCAUGGAUGCUCCGCCCUUUGUUUGGUACAUGGAGUUGUGUGUGCAGGGUUAUUUGGCUGUCAGGCCAUACCAAGAUGCCAUCAUCUCGCUGGUGUCUCUGAUGCUGGACACUCGUCUGCCGUGCUUCAGAGGUCAGACUAUCAAAAAACUGCGAGAAAGGUUUGCACCCCAAGCCAGCGACAGAGAGGCUGCGACCUACAUGUCCAAGGUCGUCAAGGACAGUUGCCUGAACUGGCGCGGCACAAUGUAUGAUAGGAUCCAGUACAUACAGAAUCAGAUUCCUUAUUAACAUGGCUGUAUGAUAGGAUCCAGUACAUACAGAAUCAGAUUCCUUAUUAACAUGGCUGUAUGAUAGGAUCCAGUACAUACAGAAUCAGAUUCCUUAUUAACAUGGCUGUAUGACAGGAUCCAGUACAUACAG